CGAAACGUCAAGUGGUUAAAAAAUGGUCGCUCUUACGUUCACGCGUUGCUUCGUCGGUUCGUUGCAGUAAGGAAAAAUUGCGAAUUUUUGCGCUUAAAACGUUGUAAUUCUUUUAAAAAAUAGUGUUAUUUACCGCGGAAAACUAUAGUGAAUCGAGUGAAGUAAUUAUUGAUACCGGUAUGAUGGAGUUUGUCGCGUUUCGGUGCGAAUAAAAAUUUGCGUGGUUGGUGGUUUGCUUAUGCAUGGUGAAAAUGAAAAACUAGUGAUGGCAGCAGCUGAAGGGGUUGAUUAUUUUAUUACCCGUAAAGAAUCGUCAAAAACGUGUUGAAACUAGUGAAUUCCACUUGGAUUGUGCUACAGUUCGGAUACGGGUUAGCGAAAAUAUAAAAAAUAGUGUAGUGUGUUUGGUCGUGUGGGAAGAAAAAUAGUGGUAUUUUUGGUUCCGGAAGAUGGAAUUUUCCCAACCCCCACCGGAUCCGAUGGCAACGGGUUUUGCCAACCCCCCGCCCAUUAACCGGAUCCUCAGCUAUCAGAACCCGCAAGGGCAGAAUAAUAAGCCCCAUGGUGGAGGAUUUUUCCACCAUCGGCCGUAUCACCACUUCAAUGGCUUCCGCGGGGGUCCUCCGAUGACGCAGGACGACUUCGAUGGCAAGCGAUUGAGGAAAUCGGUGAUGCGUAAGACGGUCGAUUACAAUGCCGCCAUCAUAAAGGCGCUAGAGACUCGCACCUGGCAGCGCGAUUAUCGGGAUCGGCGGGCACUGCAACCGGAGUGCAUUUACAUACCGGAAAUGUUGCCCCCGCCCAGCUACAUGGAUAAUCCCAUCAAUGCCGUCACGACGCGUUUCGUCAAAACGGCUACAAAUAAGAUGCGUUGCCCGAUCUUCACCCUGGCGUGGACUCCCGAAGGGCGGCGCCUGGUCACCGGUGCUAGCUCCGGGGAGUUUACCCUGUGGAACGGGUUGACGUUCAAUUUUGAAACCAUCCUUCAGGCUCACGAUGUGUCAGUCCGAACGAUGGUGUGGUCCCACAACGACAACUGGAUGGUCACCGGAGACCACAGUGGCUUCGUCAAGUACUGGCAGUCCAACAUGAACAACGUGAAAAUGUUCCAGGCCCACAAGGAGCCGAUCCGUGGAAUCAGCUUCAGUCCAUCGGAUACGAAAUUUGCCAGCUGCAGUGACGACGGAACAGUACGCGUGUGGGACUUCUUCCGGUGUCAGGAAGAGCGUGUACUCAGAGAACAACUUUCGUCCUGA